AUGCAGCCGAAGCCGCCAACCCUUGACCCGCACAGCUCUGCCAAGGAGAUGAGCCAAAGCACGCAGGCCAACGCACUGCGCAAGUCUCAAUCAGCGGGCGCGGUCGCGGCACCGAAUCCGGAACAAGGCAAGAACUAUGCCGGAACCGUGAAGAAUGGCAAGUUCGAAAAGAGGAAAGUCGACAGUAUCGAGGCGCUGAACAAGGAUGAGAAGGCGGCGUUGAUCGCUGACAUCGAGAGGGAGAAGCGGGAGAAGAUGGAGGCGAUCGCAGAGAAGAUGAAGCUGCAAGUGAAGAGGAAGCAGCAGCAGGAGGCAAAGAAGCAGCAAGCACAGAGGUCGCAGAUGGAGCAAGCUGAAGCAAUCGAGGAAGAGCGGCGCAAAGACAAGGUGAAGGAGCUGAAGAAGUGGCUGAAACAGAAGGAGGAGCAGGAGAGAUCAAAGAAGGAAAAAGACGCUGCUGUCAUGCAGGAAAUACAGGACAAGGAGCUCCUGAAGCAAGAGCAGCAGAAGCUGCUGGAGCAAGAACGGCAGGAGCAGCGCGAUCGGCGCCUGGAAGCCGUGGCCAAGCAGAAGGCGAAGCUGGAAGCGCAGCUUCUCGCCUCCCGCGAGGCGGCCAAGCAGGAGAAGCAAGCCGCCUCUCAGAGGUCUGAGGCGGCUUCCAAGAUCUCCAAGGGCUCGCAGGAGGCCUCCCAGGCUCCGUUGGAGGCGGAGGAGUCGGACCCGAGGAUGCGACGGCAGCAGCUGAUGAUCCAGCAGCAGAUGGCGCAACCGAGCUAUCCCGCGCAGCCAGCGCAGGGUAUGGCCCAGCGCAUCGUGCACCGACACAUUCAUCACCACGUGCACUAUCACGAGGGGGAUGAUGAGGAAGGUGCAAUUCCUCUACCCUCGAUCGAAGAGCGGAGGCGAAUCGAGCAAGCCUCCGAGAACCGCAUCAAGCAGCAGCUGGCGCAAGAGGGACUGCCCAUGGACCCAAUGCACGUGGAUCCUACUGCGCAAACCCCAACCAUGCAGCAGUCUCGCUCUAUGCCAUCCUUGCAAAGCGGCAUGGGCAUCACAAAGACCCAAGAGGCUUUUAGACCACAUCAAUUGCCGCAGAUCGACCACGCGGAGGUCGGCCGCAAGCACGGCGUGCCCAACUUCGGCACUAGCGUGGGCCGGGCAGUGCAGUCAUACGCCGACUCUGGUCGCCCGAGAUUCGUCAAGUCUGGAAUGGCCCCGCCUCGAUGA